AGAAAAUUAUGAGAGAGAGACGGUGCGUUUCGAAUCCGUCGAGAGAAUUCGAAACGGUGGCGAGAGACGUACAAAAGGGCUAUCCGGAGAGUAGUUUCUGGAAGCUGGCUAGAAGAUUUGUCUAAAUCACAGCAAAUUAAUUUAAGGAUACUCUGUACGAACAAAGCCCUACCAAAAGAUGGUGGUGAUUCAAGCGGAAGAGAGCAACAAGGUCGAUCCCACAACAUCAAAAUCGGAACCGCCCACAUCGGCGAAUGCCAACAGGGACGCCUCCGAUGGCUUCGAGACCGCCAGCGAUACCGAACUGCCCAGCGACGACGACGCCGGCAACAGCAACAAUGAUGGAGGGGCAAGCAGCAGUGGAGGAAAUGGACCCCCACAAGCCGACUCCGAUCACGCCCUAAAUGACGACGAUCAACUCAAACAGCAGAAAGCCUUAGCGGAAGCUAAUGAUGCAAAAUCGGAAGGAAAUAAGCUGUUUGGAGAUGGGCUGUUCGAGGAGGCAAUAUCACAGUAUGACCUUGCUUUACAGGUUGCUCCAGAUAUGCCCUCUUCUGUGGAGUUGCGUUCCAUAUGCCAUUCAAAUCGGGCAGUAUGUUUUCUGAAACUGGGAAAAUAUGAGGAAACAAUCAAGGAAUGUACGAAAGCAUUGGAACUAAAUCCUACAUAUAUGAAAGCUUUGGCUAGAAGAGGAGAAGCUCACGAAAAGCUUGAACAUUAUGAGGAGGCUAUUGCUGAUAUGAAAAAAAUAUUGGAAUUGGAUCCUUCAAAUGACCAAGCUAAAAAAACCAUUCGCCGCUUGCAACCAUUGGCAGAAGAAAAGCGAGAAAAGAUGAAGGAAGAGAUGAUUGGGAAGCUGAAAGAAAUGGGCAACUCUGUAUUGGGUCGCUUUGGAAUGAGUGUUGACAACUUCAAAACUGUCAAAGAUCCAAACACUGGCUCCUAUUCCAUUUCUUUCCAACGUUAGACUGGAUGCAUUUGGUCAUGUAACUACAUUAACAAUUUGAGAAGAAUGGUCUGUCAAUAGAAUGAUAUCAGUGUGGGGGCACUGCUUUGUAUGCAGGGUCCAAUCAUUAUGAGUAAAAUGCAGAGUUGAUACAAAUGAUUAAAUUUGGGGAAAUGGUUCUGUUUCUUUUGUAAGAGCAUGAAAUGAUGUAAUUUCAAUUUAUGGUGGUUUAUGGAUUGACUGUAAGUUUAUUAUUUGUAAUUUGAAGUUCUUUAUUGCUGA